AUGGGCAUAGAUCAUAAUGCAACGACACACUCUAGACGUGCUCGAAAUAUAGUUUUUGUGCGACGAUCAUGGUUGGAUUCAUUAGCGGAAGGAACACCAUGUUUAACUGCAUCAGGCGUAUUUGGACGUUGUACAGCCUUUAAAACAUGUUAUCCACAGGGAAAACCAUCUGGAGGAGUUAUUUUUAAUUCCUGGUAUCGACAAUUUGAGCAAUGUUCAUAUUUUAAUUCUGGUGGACAACAAUUUAUUGGAAUCUGUUAUAUUGCUGAUGAUAAGAGAUAUGAAACGGUUUUGUCUCAAUGGCCACCAAUUGGUGUUCCUACGCACGCUACUAGAAAACCAGGAAUAACGACACGUAAGCCAGCACAUUUUCAAUGGCCUCCACCAAUUCCAACGCAUCCACCUAAUCAUGCAGCUCCAACGCAUCCACCACUUGGAGAUAGAACUACAAAAGCACCUUGGCAGACAUCAACAACAAAAGUGCCUUGGCAAAUAUCAACUACAAAAUCACCUUGGCAGACAUCAACUACAAAAGCACCUUGGCAAACGUCAACAACAAAAGCACCUUGGCAAACGACAACCAGAAGAGCACCGUGGCAAUCGUCAACUACAACAAAAGCACCAUGGCAAACAUGGCCGACUACAACUAGAGUUCCAUGGCAAACUUCCACAACCAAAGCACCAUGGCAAACAACAACUAAAUCACCAUGGCAAACUACAACAAGACGAUGGACAUCAACUUUAAAACCACAAACUACAACACGUUUUCCAGCGCAAUGGCCACCACCAAUUCCAACACAUCCACCAUCUCAUUAUCCCGUGCAACCAGCAGAGCCUCCAUCAUCUGUCGACACUUCCCAUGAUGACAGUUUCACAAUCCCUAAUGCUGCAUGCGGUUUAAAAAAUGCUGGAUUUCAGGAUGAAGAUCAACAGAGAAUUGUCGGUGGCCAAAAUGCAAGUCCAAAUGAAUGGCCCUGGAUUGUAGUUAUGUUCAACAAUGGUAGACAAUUUUGUGGUGGUUCUAUUAUUGAUAAUAUUCAUAUUCUAACAGCUGCUCAUUGUGUUUCCCAAAUGUCAGCUUAUGAUGUGGCUCGAAUUACAGUUCAUCUUGGAGAUCAUGACAUCCGAAAUUCGUAUGAAGUUCAGCACGUUGUUAGAAGAAUAAAAAGAGUCGUACGACAUAAAGGAUUUGAUUUUAGUCACUUGCAUAAUGAUGUAGCAGUUUUAACAAUGGAUCAACCAGUCCAAUUUUCAAGUACUAUUCGUCCAAUAUGUUUACCAUCAGCAUCAUCAGCGAAAUCAUAUAGAGGAAUCAUAGCCACUGUAGCUGGAUGGGGUAGUUUACGGGAAAAUGGACCUCAACCAUCAGUUUUACAAAAAGUCACAAUUCCUAUUUGGUCAAAUGCUGAUUGUUCAAGAAAGUAUGGCAGUGCAGCUCCAGCUGGUAUUGCGAAUUCAAUGAUUUGUGCCGGACAAGCGACAAAAGAUUCAUGCAGUGGUGAUUCUGGAGGUCCAAUGAUGGUUGACGAAGGUGGCGGUAGAUGGGUACAAGUGGGUAUUGUUUCAUGGGGAAUCGGAUGUGGCAAAGGACAAUAUCCUGGAGUUUAUUCUAGGGUAUCAUCAUUCUUACCUUGGAUUGCUAAAAAUAUACAAUAA